AUGCGGCUCUGGAGUUGGGUGCUGCGCCUGGGGCUGCUGAGCGCCGCGCUGGGCUGCGGGCUGGCCGAGCGCCCCCGCCGGGCCCGGAGAGACCCGCGGGCCGGCCGUCCCCCGCGCCCCGCCGCUGGCCCGGCCACCUGCGCCACCCGGGCGGCCCGUGGCCGCCGCGCCUCGCCGCCGCCGCCGCCGCCGGGCGGUGCCUGGGAAGCCGUGCGCGUCCCCCGGCGGCGGCAGCAGCGGGAGGCGAGGGGCGCCGCCGAGGAGCCGAGCCCGCCGAGCCGGGCGCUCUAUUUCAGCGGGCGAGGCGAGCAGCUGCGCCUCCGGGCCGACCUCGAGCUGCCCCGGGACGCGUUCACGCUGCAAGUGUGGCUGCGAGCGGAGGGGGGCCAGAGGUCUCCGGCCGUGAUCACAGGGCUGUAUGAAUGUUCUUAUACCUCUCGUGACCGAGGAUGGGUCGUGGGCAUUCACACCGUCAGUGACCAAGGCAACAGAGACCCGCGCUACUUCUUCUCAUUGAAGACAGACCGGGCCCGACAAGUGACCACAAUCAGUGCCCACCGCAGCUACCUGCCAGGCCAGUGGGUGUACCUCGCUGCCACCUACGAUGGGCGGUUGAUGAAGCUCUAUGUGAAGUGCCAAGUGGCCACCUCUGGGGAGCAGGUGGGUGGCAUCUUCAGCCCGCUGACCCAGAAGUGUAAGGUGCUCAUGCUGGGAGGCAGCACCCUGACUCACAACUACCGGGGCUACAUCGAGCGCUUCAGUCUGUGGAAGGUGGCCAGGACGCAGCGGGAGGUGCUGCUGGACAUGGAGACGCAUGGCCUCCAUGCUCCUCUACCUCAGCUCCUCCUCCAGGAGAACUGGGACAAUGUGAAGCGCACCUGGUCCCCCAUGAAGGACGGCAACAGCCCGCAGGUGGAAUUCAGCGCUGCCCACAGCUUCCUGCUGGACACGAGCUUGGAGCCGCCUCUGUGUGGGCAGACGCUGUGUGACAACGCAGAAGUCAUCGCCAGCUACAACCAGCUGCCACGUUUCCGCCGGCCCAAGGUGGUGCGUUACCGCGUGGACCUGCACGACGACGGCCACGAGAACCCCACGGUGAGCCGCCAGCAGAUCGACACGCAGCACCGGCAAGCUGGCCGAGACCUUCAAGCUCUACAACAUCUCCUGGAGCUGGAGGUGCUGGAGGUGAACAACUCCUCUCUGCGGCGCCGCCUCAUCCUGGCCAGCGACAUCGGCAAGAUCGGGGACGAGAACUGUGACCCCGAGUGCAACCACACGCUGACUGGCCACGACGGGGGGGACUGCCGCCACCUGCGCCACCCCGCCUUCAUGAAGAAGCAGCAGAAUGGGGUGUGUGACAUGGACUGCAACUACGAACGCUUCAACUUUGACGGCGGAGAGUGCUGUGACCCUGACAUCACCGACGUCACCAAGACUUGCUUCGAUCCCGACUCUCCACACAGAGCAUACUUGGAUGUUAAUGAACUGAAGAACAUUCUUAGACUGGAUGGAUCAACACACCUCAAUAUCUUCUUUGCAAACUCCUCAGAGGAGGAAUUGGCGGGAGUAGCCACUUGGCCGUGGGACAAGGAGGCCCUCAUGCACUUAGGUGGCAUUGUCUUGAACCCAUCUUUUUACGGCAUUCCUGGGCACACCCACACCAUGAUCCAUGAGAUCGGGCACAGCCUGGGCCUCUAUCACAUCUUCCGAGGCAUCUCGGAAAUCCAGUCUUGCAGUGACCCCUGCAUGGAAACCGAGCCCUCCUUUGAGACUGGAGACCUCUGCAGUGACACCAACCCAGCCCCAAAACACAAGUUCUGCGGGGACCCAGGCCCAGGAAACGACACCUGUGGCUUUCAUAGCUUCUUCAACACUCCUUACAACAACUUCAUGAGCUACGCAGAUGACGACUGCACUGACUCCUUCACGCCCAAUCAAGUGGCUAGAAUGCACUGUUACCUGGACUUGGUGUACCAGAGCUGGCAGCCCUCCAGGAAGCCGGCGCCUGUCGCCCUGGCCCCCCAGAUUGUGGGCCACACAACUGACUCAGUGACGCUGGAGUGGUUCCCGCCCAUCGAUGGCCACUCCUUUGAAAGAGAAUUGGGAUCAGCAUGUGACCUUUGCCUGGAAGGGAGAAUCCUGGUGCAGUACGCCUUCAACGCCUCCUCCCCCAUGCCUUGCGGCCCCUCCGGGCACUGGAGUCCCCGGGAAGCAGAAGGUCAUCCAGAUGUUGAACAGCCCUGUAAGUCCAGUGUCCGUACGUGGAGCCCAAAUUCAGCUGUCAACCCACACACGGUCCCUCCAGCCUGCCCUGAGCCACAAGGCUGCUAUCUUGAACUGGAAUUCCGCUACCCUUUGGUCCCUGAGUCUCUGACGAUCUGGGUGACCUUUGUCUCCACUGACUGGGACUCUAGUGGGGCUGUCAAUGACAUCAAAUUGUUGACUGCCAGCGGGAAGAACAUCUCCCUGGGCCCUCAGAAUGUCUUCUGCGAUGUUCCACUGACCAUUAAACUCCGGGAUGUGGGUGACGAGGUAUAUGGCAUUCAGAUCUACACAUUGGAUGAGCACCUGGAGAUUGACGCUGCCAUGUUGACCUCCAUUGCAGACAGCCCGCUCUGCCUAGAGUGUAAGCCCCUGCAGUACAGAGUGGUCCGGGACCCUCCUCUCCAGGUGGACGUGGCCUCCAUCCUCCAUCUCCAUAGAAGAUUCACGGACAUGGACCUCAGUCUUGGCAGUGUGUACCAGUACCGGGUCAUCACUGUUUCGGGAAGUGAAGAGAGUGAGCCAUCACCUGCUGCCAUAUACAUCCAUGGGAGUGGGUAUUGUGGUGAUGGCAUUAUCCAGAAGAGCCAAGGUGAAGAAUGUGAUGACAUGAAUAAGAUCAGUGGUGAUGGCUGCUCCCUUUUCUGCAGACAGGAGGUUUCCUUCAAUUGCAUUGAUGAACCCAGCCGGUGCUAUUUCCAUGAUGGUGACGGGGUAUGUGAGGAGUUUGAACAGAAAACUAGCAUCAAGGACUGUGGUGUCUACACGCCCCAGGGGUUCCUGGAUCAAUGGGCAUCCAAUGCUUCCGUUUCCCAUCAAGACCAGCAAUGCCCAGGCUGGGUCAUCAUCGGCCAGCCAGCAGCGUCCCAGGUGUGUCGAACCAAGGUGAUUGAUCUCAGUGAAGGCAUUUCGCAGCAUGCCUGGUAUCCUUGCACCAUCAGCUACCCCUACUCCCAGCUGGCUCAGACCACGUUCUGGCUCCGGGCAUACUUUUCUCAGCCAAUGGUUGCUGCAGCUGUCAUUGUCCACCUGGUGACUGAUGGGACCUAUUAUGGGGACCAAAAGCAGGAAACCAUCAGUGUCCAGCUGCUCGAUACCAAAGAUCAGAGCCACGAUCUAGGCCUCCAUGUCCUCAGCUGCAGGAACAAUCCGCUGGUUAUCCCUGUGAUCCAUGACCUCAGCCAGCCCUUCUACCACAGCCAGGCGGUCCGUGUGAGCUUCAGUUCACCCCUGGUCGCCAUCUCGGGGGUGGCCCUCCGCUCCUUCGACAGCUUUGACCCCGUCACCCUGAGCAGCUGCCAGAGAGGGGAGACCUACAGCUCUGCUGAGCAGAGCUGUGUGCACCUCGCGUGUGAGGCCACUGACUGCCCAGAGCUGGCUGUGCAGAACGCUUCUCUCAACUGUUCCAGCAGUGACCGCUACCACGGUGCCCAGUGUACCGUGAGCUGCCGGACGGGCUACGUGCUCCAGAUACAGCGGGACGACGAGCUGAUAAAGAGCCAGACGGGACCCAGCGUCACAGUGACCUGCACUGAGGGCAAGUGGAACAAGCAGGUGGCAUGCGAGCCUGUGGACUGUGGCGUCCCGGAUCAGCAUCACGUCUAUGCUGCCUCCUUCUCCUGCCUCGAGGGCACCACCUUUGGCAGCAAAUGUUCCUUCCAGUGUCGUCACCCAGCGCAGUUGAAAGGGAAUAACAGCCUUCUGACCUGCAUGGAGGACGGGCUAUGGUCCUUCCCGGAAGCCCUUUGUGAGCUCAUGUGCCUAGCACCGCCCCCAGUGCCCAAUGCAGACCUCCAGACGGCCCGGUGCCGAGAGAACAGGCACAAGGUGGGCGCUUUCUGCAAGUACAAGUGCAAACCUGGAUAUCAUGUGCCCAGCUCCUCUCGGAAAUCAAAGAAACGAGCCUUCAAGACUCAGUGUACCCAAGAUGGCAGCUGGCAGGAAGGAGCUUGUGUUCCUGUGACUUGUGACCCACCUCCACCGAAAUUCCAUGGGCUCUACCAGUGCUCUAGUGGCUUCCAGUUCAACAGCGAGUGUAGGAUCAAGUGCGAAGACAGUGACACCACCCAGGGCCGUGGGAGCAAUGUCAUCCACUGCCGGAAAGAUGGCACCUGGAGUGGCUCCUUCCAUGUCUGCCAGGAGAUGAAAGGCGAGUGCUCAGCCCCGGACCAGCUCAACAGCAACCUCAAACUUCAGUGCCCCGAAGGCUAUGCCAUAGGGUCGGAAUGUGCCGCCUCGUGCCUGGACCACAACAGCGAAUCCAUCAUCCUGCCAGUGAAUGUGACCGUCCGUGACAUCCCCCACUGGCUGAACCCCACACGGGUGGAGAGAGUUGUGUGCACGGCUGGUCUCAAGUGGUAUCCUCACCCUGCUCUGAUUCACUGUGUGAAAGGCUGUGAGCCCUUCAUGGGAGACAAUUACUGUGAUGCCAUCAACAACAGAGCCUUCUGCAACUACGACGGCGGGGACUGCUGCGCGUCCACGGUGAAGACCAAAAAGGUCACCCCCUUCCCAAUGUCCUGUGACCUACAAGGAGACUGUGCUUGUCGGGACCCCCAGGCCCAAGAACACAGCCGGAAAGACCUCCGGGGAUACAGCCACGGCUAAGGAAGGACCAGGGAGUGGUCAAAGAAUUCCCAACUCGCAUCCCUUUGGUAUUGAUUUCACAGUCAGCUGCUCGACGGAAUGGCCUCUCCACACCAGGGAUCCUUAGCACCCAACCGGUCUGCCUUUAAUUUCACCCAGGAAGGACUCACAAUGGGGACGCAUGAACCAAGUCUCGCCAUGUUGAAUGGAAUGGAAUUCCAUCCCAAAGUCUUAGAUGGAUUACACAUACAGCGUGCAGCCCCAGAGCCUCCUAAAAUUCUAACCAUUUGUCACAUGGCCACAGCAAGAAACAUGUCCUGUACCUAGGAGUGUGCACAUCUGUGGUUAGGACACAUGCAUGCACACGCGCCCAUACCAACAUCUGUGUGAGGGCAGUUUUGGAGACUGAGCAGAACUAGAUUGGAACAAAGUCAGUCUUUCCUUUCCCAAGCUCAUAGCUAACACUGUGCUUGAGAAAAAGAGAGUUGCAUAAACCGCUAAGACCAAGUGUUGAGAUGCCAAGAUAGCUCCCAGCCUGAGGCUUGGAAUAUGGAGGGCACACACAAUGGUGUGGUCCUUUGGGAUUAGAAGUGAAACGGUCUCUGAUCACCUACCUUCUAGGGAAAUAGGACCCAGGAAGAGGUAAAGAAUCCAAGGUAUACAAAGCCCCCCAAUUUUUCCGCUGCCAUGGGGGAUUUACCCCAACUCCAGGGUUUGAGGCCAAGCUGGAAAUGGCUUAUAAUUGCAAUGUCGAGGUAUUACAACAGCCCCUGCUUGAGGCUUGAGGCCAUAAAAUCCUUCCAGAACCUACCCAUUCCCCGCAUCUUGCCUUGGGACCACAUUUGCUGCUACUUUCCCUGCUGCUCUGUCCUAUACAUUGAGUACCCCAAGAUGGUAGCACUGGGUUAGGAAAAACCCCACACAACCAAACAGUCUGCCUUAAAAGCGACCCGCAUUGUCCCACAGCUCCUCACUUCCUAGCACUUCUGCAAAAGAAACACCCUCAGUGGCCCACCUGGUGAGAAGGUAAGUCCCCCGUGGUUGGGCUUCUCAUCCUGGAAGGGAGACGCGGGACUUAAGAUGCUUCGCUAAGAGUCUGGAAUGUCUAAGCCAGUGUUAGAUUUUAUAAUCAAGUGGAACAGUGUUAAAGUUCUGUGAUGUUGGAGCCACUCAGAGACUGUUAGAAUUGUAGGAAGUCUUGAGUUAUUACCGUUAACCAGGCCUCCCUGCCUCUCCAGGCACCGCAGGUGUUGGUCCUGAGGACCUCACAGAGGCUACACUUCUGAAACAGAGAAUCAUCUCAGAUGUGGUCAAUCUAGACUGUUCCAGAGGCCAUCGGAGGGAAGCCCCAGAGUUCACAGCCUCAGUCCCCAACAACCCAACAUGGUCACCAUGUUUUCCAUAGUCUUCCAUCCUCCAGUACUCCCAUCCACACCUGGGGUUGGGUCACCCUUCCCUCUGCUAUGUUCAGCCUCCAAAAGUUUCAGAGUAAAUUAGUCAAACACACCUGAAAGCCUCCACCUCUCUGGGGUUUUCUUUGCCUCUUUAAAGCCAAGUUACCCGUCCACUCCUUUUCAUUAAUGUGGGAAGAGAUUAAUACAGAAUGAGGUGGAGAGAAUGGUUACGUUUGACUUCAUUUCUGAGGCCUGGAAGUGAGAAAGAGGGGAAGGGAGGGUCUAAACUAGAUGUAUCACACACAAAUUGCAGUAAAUCAAAUCGUUUCAAGCCGAGAGAAGACAACCAACGGAAACAAAGUCUGGCAUAGGAGUGGGAAAAACCAGGCACGUGGGCUGACCCUCCUCGUUCCUGCAUCUGAGGCCGGCAUGGUUAAUCAUUUAUUGCCCUUUUUCCCAUGGGGACCAAAAAUAACUUCAGAAAGCUUCUUACUAUAUCAUUCCCAACAGCAAUUACCAAGCUGAUCAAAAACACUUGAGGAGACACUUACGGGCCAUCUGUGGUCUGUUACAUUAAAAUAUAUAUCAAGGUGCUUUUUGCACAGGUGCCCACAAAUGAGGAAGCAGUGCUGAGGUAGUUUUGUGUGGCUUGUACUGUAUUACAAACUCUGAGAUUGAAUGCCAGAAUGGAGAGGCGGCCACCAUUGUUAAGGCCAGGUUCAAAUCCUGUAUGUUUCCUCCUUACAAACUCGUAUCUCAUUUAUAUUCAGGUCAUUUUUUUUUUCUGUAAUUACCAGGGCUGAUCCUUAGCAAAGUAAUAAUACUCAUACUAGAAGAAUUGAUGCCAUUGUGUACCCCUCUCUAGUAUCUUAGAACUCUUGCCAACUCUUAAAGCCAUUCUCUUGCCCUGGCUGAGUUAUCAUCCUGUGUGGUGUUAGAAGAUAUGAACUAAGAAAGCUUCCUGUAUUACACCAGUCAGUGCAAAAAGCCUUGGAGACCCAAAGACAGCAUUACCAAUGGCGGGUUGUAGGAGCUAUGGGAGAACCUCACCGGCCUCCCUUAAAGAGACUGUCAUCCUUUUCCUUCACUCUCACCCUUGUCUAUCCCCACACUCUCCAGCUGAGCAAAGUUUCCGGGAGGCUGACUUCUAUGUUCAGAUUCACAGAUUACGUUGAGCCCUUCUGAGCAAAGAUCCACCCACAGUUUCCCUACCAUCGUUCAAUUCUGUUACUCACACGCACGUUUGCCAAGGCUACUAGGCCAGAGAGGCUACUUGAUUGAUAGCCAGCCUCGUGCCCACAUGGAAGGUAUAUUUCAUAGGUCCCUGCCAGACCUUAAUGGAGGAGGUUCUGCUCUAGUUGUGUCACUCACGGAUACCCAGUUUCAUUUUCUUGCUGGGAAUAAAUUGUCUCACCCCUUCGGUCAUCUCCUGUUGAGGACAGUGGACUACUCACAAGAAGGCACUCUGAAGCACUAGUAUGUCAGCAGCUGAGGGGACCUGAAGCACGUGGGGGUUCUGAGAAUGAAGAAGUAUUAGCACGUUAGCAGCAAGAAAGAAAAGAUGGUGUAGACCCGGGGUGUCCAAACUUUUUUCAAUGUUUUUUACCAAGGGCCAUAUUCGGUAAAACACACAAACAGCCGGGCCACUCACUCGAGGUGAAGUACGUAUUGCCUCACCUGGUUUAUUUAAGUAAACUAAAUAUAUUUUUGGAAUUUGCUGCGGGCCAAUUAACAAUGGAUCAUGGGCCACAGUUGGCCCACGGGCAGCAGUUUGGAUACCCCUGGUGUAGACAGUCCUCUCAGCCCUCUCUUGGGAAGCCUUUUCAAGCCACAACCCUAACUGCCUGCCCAGAGGACUUGCAUGACCCCUUGCCCCCAGAAUCUGUGCCAACCACCUCUUAAGGGAGGACAGUCCUUGGGAAGUCCAUUUUGGUGGCUGAAUUGGGUAUUAGGGAAAGGAGAGAUCAGUGGUCACAAAUAGUAAGGAUCUGAAGAUGGAGCUGCUACUCCUGCUUUCAGCAUAUUGAGUCACUGCCUAGACAGUUCUCUUAUUUCCACCUCGGCCAAUGCUUAAAUGCUAUUUGUUGAAAAUAAUUCUUUGAGACAGAUUUCAACUACCUCUCUUCCAGGUUUGAUUUAACUUGGUUGUAACUGUCAAUUUGUUAUAGGUCUUACCUGUGUUGGAAGGAAGGAAGGAAAGAAGGAAGGAAGGAAGGAAGGACGGAAGGAAGGAAGGAAGGAAAGAAGGAAGGAAGGAAGGAAAGGGGAAAAAAAAGGAAUGAGGGAAGAAAGAAAGAAACCAUACAUUCAAGUUAACAGUUUUGAGGUUUUAUGUUUUGGUUUUUUGUGUGUGUGUUUUUUUUCUGGAACUACUUCAAGUGGGAAAAUAAAAAGAAAUUGAUGGGGUCAAAACUGUACAGAUAGAAAUUAAUAGAAGAGGAGAUGAAAAGGAAAUAAAAAUGCAUGGUUAAAAAUAAGAAUUAAAGAAACGAUUUUUGUGCUUCCUAAAGGAAAUUGUUUCUUCUGCAGAUGGAGUAGGUAGACACAAGCGUAAAUAUCUCCCUACCAGGAGACACAGAGUGGGAUAUUAUAACGCUGUUAUUUUACAUGCAUUGUGGUAGGUCCAGGAAAGAAGGCAUCUUCCCCCUUGAUAUACAAUUGUUGGGGGAGCGGUUUGUCUGUUUGGUGGCAAUCAGUGAGAGCAGAGAGAGGGAGGGCUAGAAAUUGGUUUUACCAAAUAUUUAGGGCAGAUUGUAUUGUGCUUUUCACAUUAUAAAAUCUUUGCAUUGAUCAGUAGAGCACUGGGCUUUAUAAAGACUGCACUUAGAACCACGCUGCACAGUCCACUUUCCUAAAAAGCUACUACAUGACCAGACAGGUAAUUCCCAUGUUUUUUGAGAAACAAAAUAAACCAAGCAAACAGCCAACGGAAGAACUAAAUAGCAAAUGAUUAAAGAGCCUAGUCUUUUUUCAUUUACUCCAGUUUUGCCAAAUUCCUACCAAUUGUUUGAUCUUUGAAAGAAAUGUUUAACAGCCAAGAGAGGAAUUAUGUCCCUAGAAUAAGAACCUACGAUUCCUGACUCCAGACAGCAGUUUGCUCAGUGAUCUUGAAUAAGUCAUCAAAUUGCCUCUCCAUUUGCCUCAGUUUCUCCAGCUGUAAAAUGGAGAUAAUACUACUUACCUACCUCACAGUGGGAGGCGAGGGGAUUGUGAGGCGCUGAGGUUUAAAAUAGGCUGUGGCCAUCUGUGAAAGUCGAGGCUGGACACAGAGUCCGUGGGUUACUUUUCAAGAAUGCCCAGGCCCAUUGGCCUUUUAACAAAGACAGGGAGUGCUCGUUGGAUGUUUCAAGGAACAAAGGUGGAGCUCCUAGAUUAUGAUCCAUGUUAAGAGAGAGGCUUGCAUUUAGGGGUAUUUCAUUCUUAGGUAAAUUGGACUUUUCCUCCCUUAUUCUGGCCUUCACCAGUUCUAUAAUUUGAUUUAAAGCCAAUUACUUCCUACAGUGUAAAAGUUAGUUUACUAUUGUCUGUUCAAUACUUCCAGGCCAUUUCCAACCUUAUAGAGGAAGGGAGUCCCUGAAUUCUCUUCUUCUCAGACUUAAAAUCUCACAUUGUGUGUUUCAUUAAAAGAAGAUUUGGCUUUCUGAGUACAAAUAACUCGGGGCUUCUUAAACUAUACACCAGCAGUCAGUGAGAGGAUUUUGAACAAUUAUUGAGUUGCUUUCUUGGGUCUCUAUAAUCAAUAACCUGUCCGCAGAUAUCUAUCUAUAUAAAGAUAUUAUAUAUAAAUAUAAAUUUACAUAUAUAUGCACAUGUAUAUAUAGUUGUACAUAUAUGUGUGUAUAUAUAUACUUAAAUGUAAUAUUUACAAAAUAAAACUGUGAUCUCGUCUAGAGAAAAUGUAUUCAUAUUACAAACUGCUCUUCCAUAUUUAUGUAUCAUAUUAUACUUUUUUAUUAUUGUUAUAAUUAUUAUGGGUAUUUCUAAUUAUUAUGAUGUUGAAAUCUGUUUGGCACCUUCUGGAAACUACCAAAAAUGACUCUUCAUUGAAGUGCUUAAAAUCUGUUCUCAUGAGAAUUCUACUGGCCUACCAUGAAAAAGGAAAAAAAAAUCUAAACACCAAAAAUAAAACACAAUUCCAAUCCUUUUUCUGUACCUCACGCGCAUAAAUUUGCUGCUCCUAUUUUGGGUUUUAUUUUUUUUCCUGUUUAUGUGUUUUUAUGGAUCUAAGUUAAGUCUUUCAGCAAUAUAUAAAAAAUGUAAAUAGUAAACUUUAUUUAUUAAGAAUGUCAUCUUUUUUAAUUUAUAUUUACACAAUUGUUCAUCUAAUUUAUUUUUUCUAUACGGUUUUAAAUACUCAGACAUAUUUUGCGGUUCAUGAUAUUUUUAUCCUGUUCUCAUGGAUUUGUUAUUCCAUACUGUUUUCUCUGGUCUCAAUUACAGGUUGGAUCUCACAAAAAAACUAAUGUCAAAGACAGAAAUAUUUU